AUGGCGCCGGCGAGCGAGCCCGACGGCGAGGAGGGUGCAAAAGCGAAAGCUGCACCCAAAGCCAAGGCCAAAGCACCACCUCGCGAAGGUAGUGCUGCAGCCAAGGGCAAGGCCAAAGCCAAGUCCGAAGCCAAGGCCAAGGCCAAGGCCGGCAGGGCCAAGGCAGGGAAAGAAGAGAAGGCGAAGAGAGCGAAGGCCAAAGCAAAGGCCAAAGCAAAGGCCAAGGCCAAGGCCAAGGUCCGGCCCGGUCCCGGUCGCCGGAAGACGUCCAAGGUCUUGAAUGACAAUGCGGUGAAGGAUGUGAAGAGCGAGGAGUCCAGCAAUGAGGAUCCCGACAGGCCAACCAAGCCAGGAAGACCUGCGGCACCCUACCUCAGCAGUCUCCAGCGGGACAACUUCGAGCCAUUUACAGUGCUUCCGGGUCGCUGCACAGUGUUGCAGCGAGAUCUGAGCAACAUCACCAAGGAAUUCAAGAAGCGGCUGCAAGCCAAAGCUGCAGCGGGGGAGUUCGGUGACAAGGAGCUACCCCUGGCUGGAGGCUUUAUCAUCUUCCGCGAGAUCUUCAAAGAGUGGGGCUUCUCCGUGAUCGUGGAGUAUCACAAGCACGAAGUGGAUCGCGAUUGUUUUCAGUACAUCUGCGGCAUCUGCUGGCGCACCAUGGCGGAUGCCAACAACUUGGUGGACAAGGUGGCAAUCGUUUUCCUCAUCUAUCUCCUCUCCGCAAACCAGCAGAAGUGUCUGAUCUGUUGA